GCCGCGUUCAGUCCAUUGCUGCCGCGCUCGGGUUCUGCUGCUCCUGUGUUCUCCCCUUUCGUCUGUCGCCGCCUAUCGCGCCGCCAUGAACGGGCAACUGAACGGUUUCCACGAGGUGUUCAUCGAGGAGGGCACCUUCCUCUUCACCUCCGAAUCCGUGGGCGAGGGGCACCCAGAUAAAAUCUGCGACCAGAUCAGCGAUGCUGUCCUGGAUGCCCACCUCAAGCAGGAUCCUGAUGCCAAGGUGGCCUGUGAGACGGUGGCCAAAACCGGGAUGAUCCUGCUGGCGGGGGAGAUCACCUCGCGGGCCAACGUGGACUACCAGAAGGUGGUCCGGGACACCAUCCGGCACAUCGGCUACGAUGACUCCUCCAAAGGGUUUGACUACAAGACGUGCAACGUGCUGGUGGCCCUGGAGCAGCAGUCCCCGGACAUCGCCCAGGGCGUGCACCUGGACCGCAGCGAGGAGGACAUCGGUGCUGGUGACCAGGGGCUGAUGUUUGGCUACGCCACGGACGAGACGGAGGAGUGCAUGCCCCUGACCAUCGUCCUGGCACACAAGCUCAACGCCAAGCUGGCCGAGCUGCGCCGCAGCGGAGCCCUGCCCUGGCUGCGCCCCGACUCCAAGACACAGGUGACGGUGCAGUACAUGCAGGACCGCGGGGCCGUCAUCCCCAUCCGGGUGCACACCAUCGUCAUCUCGGUGCAGCACGACGAGGACGUGUGCCUGGACGAGAUGCGCGACGCCCUCAAGGAGAAGGUCAUCAAGGCCGUGGUGCCCCCCAAGUACCUGGACGAUGACACCAUCUACCACCUGCAGCCCAGCGGCCGCUUCGUCAUCGGCGGGCCCCAGGGUGACGCGGGGCUCACCGGCCGCAAGAUCAUCGUGGACACGUACGGGGGCUGGGGCGCGCACGGCGGCGGCGCCUUCUCGGGCAAGGACUACACCAAGGUGGAUCGCUCGGCCGCCUACGCCGCGCGCUGGGUGGCCAAGUCCCUGGUGAAGGCCGGGCUGUGCCGCAGGGUGCUGGUCCAGGUGUCCUACGCCAUCGGGGUCUCGCACCCCUUGUCCAUCUCCAUCUUCCACUACGGCACCUCGCAGAAGAGCGAGCGCGAGCUGCUGGAGAUCGUCAAGAAGAACUUCGACCUGCGCCCCGGGGUCAUCGUCAGGGAUCUGGAUCUGAAGAAGCCCCUCUAUCAGAGGACCGCAGCCUAUGGCCACUUUGGUAGGGACAGUUUCCCUUGGGAAGUGCCCAAGAAACUAAAAUACUGAGAAAAGAGCAUUGUUAGGGCUUUUCCCCCCACUCCCGCGGGCGUAGGUUACAGAGAAGCCCGUGGGCUCUGGGGGAAGAGCUCCCGGCCCCCCCCCAGGCUCCCCGGCCCCCCCAUUGUCUCUCACCAUCGUUUUGGUUGUGUGGGGACCACGUGCCUCUCCUGGAGCCCCCCUCGUGUCCCCCCAAUUCCCUCUGGAUGGUUUUUAACAAAUCUCUCUUCACUCCGAGCUGUGAGAUGGGGAAAAAGGCCCAAGUGCCCUCUCUCACCCUCCCCGUGCCCCCACUGUGGCAAGGGCCACCCCGAUUUGGGUCCCAGCAGUCCUGCUGUGGGAGGAUGCUCCAUUUUAUCACUCCUGUGUUUCCCCAAAUUCCACUACAUCAGGGGGACCCCCCAUUUUGGCUCCCGCCGUCCCCCCCAUCCUGCUGCAGGGGGGGACACACAGCCCCCCGUUCUGGCUCCCUGGGUGUCCCCCCACAGUCCCCAUUCCACUGGGAGGAUUCUCAUUUUGGCUCCCCCAGUCCCGCUGGUGGGGAAGACACUUCCCAUUCCACCUCCCCACGCCCCUGGGACCUCGCUGGUGCUGGGUUUGGUUCUUAACCCUCAUUUUUAACCUCUUUUUGUUCCAAAAAUGCACAUUUCGGGGGGGGGGACACGCUAAAACCGAC